UCAGACUCAGUACAGGGUAGGUCAGUGGAACGGAGAGAGGGGAGAGAGCGAGUGAGAGAGAGAGAGGGUGCCCCAUCCAUGAACUAACCCCUGGAGGAGUCCAGACUGCAAACUUAUGGCUGUAUGAAAAAUACCGUUCUUUUCUCCUUUCUCUGGGAUCUUGGCUACCAGUUCUCUCCUGAUCAGAAGUUGUCACAAGUAUUUCUAAUUCCUUAAAAUAAAUCGAGCCACAAUUGCUGUGGACGUCAUUGGAGGUCAUGGAUACCCAUAUAAGAUGGAAAAUAAAGCGGCGGAUAAGGGACUUGUACCUUACUUUAGCAAUAAUUGUUCUCUUUGUAACUUCGCAAGCCAGUUCAGUGGAACCUGCAGAUCUCUUGAAGAUUUUAGAUUUUCACAGUUUACCUGAAGGCGUAACAAAAACGACAGGUUUCUGUGCGCACAGGAAGUCCUCAAAAGGGCCGGAUGUGGCAUAUAGAGUAUCCAAAGACGCCCAGCUCAGCGCGCCCACCAAACAGCUGUAUCCUGUUACACCAUUCCCGGAAGACUUCUCCAUCCUGGCUACAGUGAGGCCAAAGAAAGGCAGCCAGUCCUUCCUGAUGUCCAUCUACAAUGAGCAGGGCAUCCAGCAGCUGGGCAUGGAGGUGGGCCGCUCGCCCGUCUUCCUGUAUGAGGACCACAUGGGGAAGCCCGGGCCGGAGGACUACCCGCUCUUCAGAGGAAUCAACCUGGCUGACGGAAAGUGGCAUAGAGUAGCCAUUAGCGUGCACAAGCAAAGCAUCACCAUGAUUUUGGACUGUAAAAAGAAGACCACCAAGACCCUGGCUAGGAGUCCACACCCCAUCAUUGACACCAAAGGCAUUGUGGUUUUUGGAACUAGGAUACUUGAUGAAGAAGUCUUUGAGGGAGACAUUCAGCAACUGAUGAUCGUGGCGGACCACCGGGCGGCCUAUGACUACUGCGAACACUACAGCCCAGACUGCGAGGUGCCCGUGCCGGACGCCCCCCAGAACCAGGACCCCAACCCAGACGAAUACAUUCCAGAGGAGGACAGCUAUUACUAUGAAUACCCUUACUAUGAGGACAUGGACGGGGUCAAGACCGACGAGCCUUCCCCGGCUCCAGACGAGGUAGCGGGACCUGCCACCGAGGACAUCAAGGUUGAGGUAACGGACAGCGGUGCAGUGGAGGCGGCGGUGGAGAAGGCUGAGGCUGCGGAGACCGACGAGACCGGCAAAGCGACCUCGGAGGACGCGUACGGCGAGGAGACCAGCCCCUACGAGAGCUACGACACGUAUGGCAACUACGAGACCAGCUACUACGACGAGUCGACGGCGGCGCCGGACUCCAGCCGGCGGAUCACCAUCAGUGGCGGCAGCGUGGACGGUGGCACGGCGGCCGGCGCUGAGCUGGACCUUGGGCUCGGGGGCAAGAUCGACCUGGGCACGGGCGAGGACCUGGAGAAGACCAUCAUCACGGGGGGUGGGGGCUCGACUGUCACCAUCACGGGGAACGCCACUCGAGUCGGAGGCUAUGAUGACCACUAUGGGGAGGGUUACGACCUCCAGUACGGAGAGGAGGACUACAGGAUCGAGCACGGCGGCGGCGGGAGCAGCUCGUCCAGCAGCGGUGGUUCUGUGAGCGUUGGUGGCGGUUCCGUCAGCGUUGGUGGCGGUUCUGUGGGUGUCGGCGGUGGAUCCGUUAGUGUUGGCGGUGGAUCUGUGAGCGGUGGAGUUGGUUCGAGUGGCAGAGGUGGUGCAGCUGGCGCAGGUGGGGGUACAGCGGGCGCUGGUGCUGGUGCUGGUGCCGGGGCAGGUGCUGGUGCUGGUGCUGGGGGUGCAGGGGGUGGCCAGGGAGGCCUUGAUGAAUCAGACUACACCGAGGGGUUCAAGGAGGAAUCCAUCACGGAUUACGGAGACACCAUCAAGGAAAUCUACGACUAUUACCCUGACACGGAUUACGACCCAGAGAAAAAGCUGCUGCCAGCAGAGACGGACGAAUACUACGGACGGGUUGAUGGAGCCAGGGGGGAGAAGGGCCAGAAAGGAGAGCCUGCCGUCAUUGAACCUGGAAUGCUGGUGGAGGGUCCGCCGGGUCCUGAGGGCCCUACCGGUCUUCCUGGCCCCCCAGGUACUGCUGGAUCCCCAGGCACCCCGGGAGACCCUGGAGAGAGGGGUCCUCCCGGUCGCCCAGGCCUUCCCGGUGCCGACGGUCUGCCAGGACCCCCUGGGACUGUCUUAAUGCUGCCUUUCCGGUUCAGUGCUGGAGGAGAUUCUGGUCAGAAGGGGCCUGCGGUGUCAGCCCAGGAGGCCCAGAUGCAAGCCCUCAUGCAGCAGGCUAGGCUGGCAAUGAGGGGUCCUACAGGCCCAAUGGGUCUGACUGGAAGGCCGGGACCUUUGGGUCCUCCAGGUGUUUCUGGACUGAAGGGAGAGUCUGGGGAGAGUGGUCCACAGGGACCUCGUGGCCCCAUGGGUCCUCCAGGGCCUUCUGGGAAACCAGGAAGGAGGGGUCGUUCGGGGGCAGACGGAGCCAGGGGUAUGCCAGGACAGACAGGACCAAAGGGUGACAGAGGGUUUGACGGACUGGCUGGAUUACCCGGAGAAAAGGGACACAGAGGCGAGUCAGGGCCACAGGGACCACCCGGACCCCCAGGAGAGGAUGGUGAAAGAGGCGACGAUGGCGAGGUCGGACCCAGGGGGCUGCCAGGUGAACCUGGACCUCGUGGUUUGCUUGGACCAAAGGGACCCCAAGGACCUCCUGGCUCUCCUGGUGUAACUGGAAUGGAUGGCCACCCUGGACCCAAAGGAAAUAUUGGGCCUCAAGGGGAGCCUGGACCGCCUGGACAGCAGGGUAACCCCGGAGCUCAGGGUCUGCCAGGGCCUCAAGGACCCAUCGGGCCCCCAGGAGAAAAGGGUCCAACCGGGAAGCCGGGUUUGCCGGGAAUGCCAGGAGCCGAUGGGCCACCGGGUCACCCGGGAAAAGAAGGACCAUCCGGUGAAAAAGGACAUAUGGGGCCCACGGGUCCUCAAGGCCCGAUUGGGUAUCCAGGACCCAGAGGCGUGAAGGGAGCUGAUGGAGUCCGUGGGCUGAAAGGAAACAAGGGCGAAAAGGGAGAAGAUGGUUUCCCCGGAUUCAAGGGGGACAUGGGAAUUAAGGGUGACAGAGGGGAGAUAGGACCUGCUGGGCCCAGGGGUGAGGACGGUCCUGAGGGUCCAAAAGGCCGGUCCGGGCUUCCUGGAGACGCUGGUCCUAUUGGACCUACCGGCGACAAGGGCAAGCUUGGUGUUCCAGGGCUGCCAGGUUACCCAGGAAGACAAGGUCCAAAGGGAUCUCAGGGAUAUCAAGGCUUCCCGGGAGCAAACGGAGAGAAAGGCACACGAGGUACGGCAGGGAAGCCAGGACCAAGAGGACAGAGGGGACCAACAGGACCUCGAGGAGAGAGGGGACCCAGGGGUCCAACAGGAAAGGCGGGGCCUAAGGGUAACUCAGGAAGCGACGGUCCCCCAGGGCCACCAGGUGAAAGGGGUCUUCCAGGGCCUCAGGGUCCAACUGGAUUCCCAGGACCAAAGGGCCCACCCGGUCCUGCUGGAAAAGACGGGCUGCCUGGACACCCUGGACAGAGAGGUGAAACUGGUUUCCAAGGCAAGACGGGACCUCCUGGACCGCCAGGUGUGGUUGGGCCUCAGGGCCCUACAGGUGAGACUGGACCAAUGGGAGAUCGGGGCCACCCAGGACCCCCUGGUCCCCCUGGUGAGCAAGGUCUUCCAGGAGCUGCUGGGAAAGAGGGAGCCAAGGGUGACCCGGGUCCUGCUGGCCCUGCUGGUAAAGAUGGACCCCCAGGUCUGAGAGGCUUCCCUGGAGAGCGCGGUCUGCCCGGUCCAGUUGGGGCCCCUGGUUUGAAAGGAAAUGAAGGUCCCAACGGCCCACCUGGACCUGCAGGCUCUCCUGGUGAACGAGGUCCGGCCGGCCCAGCUGGACCCACCGGGCUCCCGGGACGCCCCGGACCCCAGGGACCCCCAGGCCCGGCCGGAGAGAAGGGUGGACCGGGUGAGAAAGGUCCUCAAGGUCCUGCUGGAAGAGAUGGCGUCCAGGGUCCCGUGGGUCUUCCAGGCCCCGCUGGCCCGCUGGGACCCCCUGGAGAAGAUGGGGACAAGGGGGAGAUCGGUGAACCAGGCCAGAAGGGAAGCAAAGGGGACAAAGGAGAGCAUGGCCCACCUGGUCCCACUGGUCCUCAAGGCCCAAUUGGACAGCCUGGCCCAGCUGGAGCCGAUGGGGAACCAGGACCUCGAGGCCAACAGGGGCUCUUUGGACAGAAAGGUGAUGAAGGACCCAGAGGGUUCCCAGGACCCCCUGGCCCAGUUGGGCUGCAGGGUCUGCCUGGUCCACCAGGUGAGAAGGGUGAAACCGGAGACGUUGGUCAAAUGGGCCCUCCUGGUCCCCCUGGUCCAAGAGGCCCCUCAGGAUCUUCUGGAGCUGAUGGCCCCCAGGGACCUCCAGGUGGCAUCGGGAACCCUGGAGCUGUGGGAGAGAAGGGUGAAUCUGGCGAGACAGGAGAGCCUGGUCUUCAAGGAGACCCUGGCCCACCAGGUCCCAGAGGAGAGCGAGGAGAGAAGGGAGAAGCCGGUCCUGCUGGUUCUGCUGGGCCUCCUGGUCCAAAAGGUCCUCCUGGAGAUGACGGUCCUAAGGGUAGCCCUGGUCCAAGUGGUUUCCCUGGUGAUCCUGGUCCCCCUGGAGAGCCCGGCCAGCCUGGUCAGGAUGGUCCACCCGGUGACAAAGGAGAUGAUGGAGAAGCUGGUCAACCAGGUUCUCCUGGUCCUACUGGUGAGUCAGGUCCCUCUGGCCCACCUGGAAAGAGAGGCCCACCUGGAGCUGCUGGACCUGAGGGAAGACAAGGAGAGAAAGGAGCUAAGGGUGAACCCGGCCUGGAGGGUCCACAAGGCAAGACAGGUCCCGUCGGUCCACAGGGAGCUCCCGGCAAGCCAGGUUCUGAAGGCCUCAGGGGCAUCCCUGGUCCAGUUGGUGAACAAGGUCUCCCCGGUUCUCCUGGUCCUGAUGGUCCUCCUGGCCCCAUGGGUCCACCUGGAUUACCUGGUCUGAAAGGUGACUCUGGUCUUAAAGGUGAAAAGGGCCACCCUGGUCUGAUUGGCUUGAUCGGACCUCCGGGCGAGCAGGGAGAGAAGGGUGACCGAGGUCUUCCAGGGCCUCAAGGGUCAUCAGGCCCCAAAGGCGACACUGGUAUUGCUGGUCCCUCUGGUCCAAUUGGUCCUAUCGGGCCUCCAGGAUUACCGGGUCCCCCUGGUCCUAAGGGUGCAAAGGGUUCAUCCGGUCAAACUGGUCCAAAGGGUGAGGCAGGUGUUCCUGGACCUCCAGGCCCUCCUGGCCCCCCUGGCGAUGUCAUCCACCCCCUGCCCAUCCAGUCCAGCCCCAAGAGGAGUAGGCGGAAUAUUGACGCCAGCCAGUUCAUGGACGACGAGGCCAACCCGGAUAACUACAAGGACUACGACGACGGCAUGGAGGAGAUCUUCGGCUCGCUCAAUUCCCUCAAGCUGGAAAUCGAGCAGAUGAAGCAUCCCCUGGGCACCCAGAGCAACCCCGCCCGCACCUGCAAGGACCUCCAGCUGUGCCACCCAGAUUUCCCCGACGGUGAAUACUGGAUUGAUCCUAACCAGGGUUGCUCUCGCGACUCCUUCAAGGUUUACUGUAACUUCACAGCCGGAGGAGAGAGCUGCAUCUUCCCAGACAAGAAGUCUGAAGGAAGUAAAAUGGCCCGUUGGCCCAAAGACACGCCAGGCACAUGGUAUAGUCGGUACAAGCGAGGGUCUCUGCUUUCCUACAUGGACUCAGAGGGUAACCCCAUCGGCGUGGUCCAGAUGACCUUCCUGCGGCUGCUGAGUGCGUCCGCCCGACAGAACAUCACCUACAACUGCUACCAGUCAGUGGCCUGGCACGACUCGGAACUGGACUCCUAUGACAAGGCCAUCCGCUUCCUGGGCUCCAACGACGAGGAGAUGUCUUACGACAAUAACCCCUACAUCCGAGCUGUGGUAGACGGCUGUGCGUUGAAAAAGGGCUAUGAAAAGACUGUACUUGAGAUCAACACACCAAAGGUGGAACAAGUGCCUUUUGUUGACAUCAUGUUCAACGAUUUUGGCGGAGCCUCGCAGAAGUUCGGAUUCGAAGUGGGGCCUGUCUGCUUCAUUGGAUGAGACUGUGUUUGCUGAAAAAAAAUUUUUUUUUAUAAUUAACUAAAACAAAACACACAGCAAAAAAAUAUUAAAAAAAAAACAUCACAUUUGUAAAACAUUGUUUCUCCAAAAGAAUAAAGAUUCAAGACAAGGAAAGGAAUAAUUCAAUAAAAGAAAUAAAAAAACAGCAACCUUGUAACCUCAGUGUACCCUCUCCAUCACAUGCAGGUUUUGAAACUGGAUGAGCCAGUCGUUUGCUCCCAUUCCGCCACCAUGCGGGCCUCGUGCUUGCCCCACGGUUCUCGCGCUCCCUCCCAGUAACAGUGUGCUCUUCGCUGUAGGUCAAGUCACAUUGCCCCCCUCCCCUACCCCCACCCCGUCACCUAGAGAAAAACUCUCAAAACCCUGACACACUUUAAAGGUGGAACUUACAGUGGCCUCCACCUCGAGCAGCAAUUUUUUUUCCUUCUUCCUUCUCAUGAUUUCCUUCUCCGAGCUUCAUUUUUGUGCAUAUUGUCGACCCAUUCCCUGGAAUGGUGCUUAUAUAUAUAAAUAUAUAUAUAUAUUUUUUGUAUGUUUGUAAGUAUGUUUUGUAUAUUUUUCCUGGUAUUGUUUAUUGAUUCUGGCUUCAAAACAUGCAUGUGACCUUUGUAUUGUAAGGAUGGAGAUGAUAAUUAUUUGAAAAAGAAAAAAAUUCAAAGAUGGACAGAAGUGAAUUGGAUGUGGGGAAAAGGAGUGCUGUCUUGCUGCAGGUGUGAAGCACAUCUUAUUGUAAUUUAAAAAACAGCUGAUAAUAAAAGUCAAAAAAGCACACAGCGCUAUCAUCUGAGCAUCAAUUUGCGAAAAAAGUAAAGGUUUAUCACUAGAAAGGACUUUUCCUUCUUUCUGUUUGCUGCCCUCUAUGGAAAAAUGGCUGUUGUAAACUUGCUUACGUGUAGCUGCAGAUUUUUAAUUUAAGGUGGUAAAGGCUUUCUCAGUUUGUUCAGUACUUCCAUAUUUGUUCUAUAAAAAUAUAUGCAAUGGGAGAUUACAUAUGGGAGGGAUAUCACGUUAUCGUGGAACAAAAAAGAGCAUAGGUGCUAUUUUGAAUUCCGUCUGUGGUGCUAUGUAUUUUUUCACUUUUUUUAAAUGUAAAGUAAAACACUGGUGAUGUCCAACCAUUACCACGUCUCCCAAGACUUUCUUAGCUCCUGCCUCCUUCACAAGAAAAGAUGAUCUUUGCUGCAUUUGCAGGGACUUAUUGUUAUGCAUGCCAUUUCUUCAUAUUCAUACAUAAGAACCAUAUUUCUUAAAUGUAUUUUUAGCUAGUAUGGCCCAUGUAGAAGCAAGUGUCCUAAUGUCUGAAAUACCUGCAAUAUUAGGAUUCAAAUAGUAGUGGAUUGUAAUCGAUUGCUGAAUGUGGUGCUAAUUUAUAUUUUGUCCUCUGAAACAGACAUCUCUGAACAAAAAAAAGGUUGAUGAAAAAAUCAGCAUAUUUUCACACGGUGGAUCUCGGAAAUGGUGCAUUCUGUAAAUGGAUCUCAGCGAGCAGAUUAUGUGCAAUGGUCUCUCUCCCCGCAAUGAGCCGUCACGUGGGCUUGUCUACAUAGCUUUCUUAUAAAUAUUCAAGAAAACUCCGUGCGGAGCGUUUCUGUUUUGUGGCAAUCAAACUCUAUGAGAAUUCCAAAGUGCUUUGCAGAAAAGUUGUGUGGCAUAUGUACCAGAAACUCUAGAUUUCCUAUCAAGCUUUUCAACAGCUUAGCUUGCCCCCAGUUAAGAAACUUGAAAACAAGGAAGGCCACCAGUCCGUUGGUUUUUAAACGGGACUGCGGGCUCUCUUGAUGUGCGGAUUGGGUUCCUUUUCUUACGUUUCUACUAUAAAAAUAAAAAAAAAGAAAAAAAUCUCUUGCAUGUGUAUCACUUGACAAGACUGGGAUUCCUCACCCAAUUGUACACCUGUAAAAUGGAGGGUACGCCAGACCAAAAGCUUGUUGUGAACAUCUGGGUCACAUGUUUUUCUAAAAGUCCUUUCUUUGACACUUCCCCGGCCCGCUACAGUGCUCUAUGCCUUAGACCACUCAGCAGCGACCACGCGCGUAACGUUUACUGUCCUGCAUCAGUAACUUGUUUUUAUGUGUGACUUGAACCAUUUUUGUAAUUAAAAUACACCUACAGAGCAUGAAUUUGGUGCAGCAGGCCCAGUUUAAAGUAUUGCUGUCAAUAAAAUUUUUUUGUAAAUUUUUUCUGAACCAGCAGUAAUGCUGCCAAUUAAUUUUUUUUGUUUGUUUUGUUUCAUUUUGUUUAGUUUGUUUGUACGUUUUUAAGGUCUUGUCAAACCUGUGUAAGAAAGGACAGAAGAUAUAUUGGUUUUUAUGUCAAUAAAUUCAAGUUUACUGUGCCCUUCCACUUCUUCGAGGUGUGUAUCUUGUAUGUCUUUUGAAGCAUUAAAACUUAUCUGUAUGCA